AUGGCUUCUGCCGCAGGGAAGGCUGCCAAAAGGCUUGUAGUGCGCUUCGACAAGAAGAUGGCGCUUGACCCAGUUUUGACUGGACGCCCACCGCUUUACGAAUCCCCACGACCAUGGUGGAUCAAAUACUCUUGGUUAUUUGCCGGGGCCAGUCUCUUCUCCAGUUUCACAAUGGCAGAAGCGUCGUGGACUCAAUGGAAAAGAGCUGCUGAUCCCAGUGACCCUGAAGACGCGAAGACCGGCGAAGAAUGGCUACCACAACCUACCUGGAUGCGCGCAGGCCUCGGUGGAUUUCAGAUUUGUGCAGGGCUUGGCCUCACAGCGCUAAUAAUUGCUUUACAAUCCCGUGUUGUCCGCCGCAUCCGUGUACUACCUCCAGGCACAGCACCGACGCUUGGCAACGGCGCGGAGAAGCGUCUCUUGAUUCAGAGCGCGCUGGACUACUCUCGUGCUAGUUUGGUUCCCUUCUCAGCUGCGCGACUUUAUCCUGGGAGGGACGAAACAGAAUUGGUGAUUAACGCGGAUGGAUUCCGAGGCAACUUGUGGCUCGGCACAAAGAAGGCUGUAGUAGACGGCGAAUCUGGCAAGACGCCAGGAGAAGUGCGUGAGGCGCUCAUGGCGGUAUGGGGUAUCAAGAAAGGGGACCCCGUACAAAUACCUUCAGCUUCGUCAGCCAGCUCGAAGUCUGCUACAUAG